UUUGUCAGUAUACCUAGCCCCUUUUCUUGGUGCCUUUUCUAAACAUUUUAAAUAUGCUUAACUUGUCGCUUGCCAGCCCGAUUAAGAACUUUUACAACCUGUGUGCAGCUGCUUGGCUUUGCGGCUCCCAUCCACCACAGCCCCAAAAUAACCCCAUAAACUUGUUGCGCAAUCUGCAAUUGUCUGCGAGCUCUUGUUUAUUAUGCACUGCGUGUACACAUACUCGGUGAAAAUCCCAGAAGUGGGCGGUUGUCCAGCGGCAGGCGUGUAUAUAAGCUCGGCGGCCGGCAUCUCGGUCUUUUCAGUUGCGAUUUCUCUGGGACUCGGCACAGGACUCCAACAGAAGAUCACAUGAGCGGCACAAACUUUUGAGCAAGUCCCCGACCAACGACCAAGACAAGCAUGCAUUGGCUGGCCCAUUUCCAGAUCGUAUUGCUAUGCAUAUGGCUGAUGUGCCCCAGCUCACAGGCCAUCAAAUGCGACACUUGUGGCAAAGAGUGUGCCAGCGCCUGUGGCACCAAGCAUUUUCGGACCUGCUGUUUUAACUACCUUCGCAAGCGAACCGACCCGGAUGCACUGCGUCAGAGCUCCGACCGGAGGCUCAUCGACUUCAUCCUGCUGCAGGGACGGGCCCUCUUCACCCAGGAACUGCGAGAGAGACGCCACAAUGGCACCUUGAUGGACCUCGGCCUACAGACCUACUACCGCUGAAGCUCCCCCUGAUCACUCCAUUUGAACUGAUACGGAACUGGCCUUGACUCCGACCAACGAUUCACACGAUCCACUGGCUAUUGAAAUGCUUGAAAUGUUAAUUUACCAAUAAAGGCACUAACUUCUUUGGGGCACUGUGCUGGA